AUGAGCGACGACGUUAGUUCGGCGGUGCCCGAGCUGACGGAGGACCAGCGGCAAGAGAUCAAGGAAGCGUUUGACCUCUUCGACACGGAUGGCAGCGGCACCAUCGACGCCAAGGAGCUGAAGGUGGCCAUGCGCGCGCUUGGCUUCGAACCGCGAAAGGAUGAACUGCGGCAGCUGCUCUCUACCGUGGAUGGUGUCGGCACCACCGUCAUCACCUACCCACAGUUUGUGCAGUUGAUGAGCAAGAAGAUGUCGGGGCGCGACUCCAAAGAGGAGAUGCUCAAGGCGUUUCGCCUCUUUGACGAUGAUGAAACGGGAAAGAUCUCGUUUAAGAAUCUCAAGCGCGUCGCGAUGGAGUUGGGCGAGAACAUGACGGAUGCCGAGCUGCAGGAGAUGAUUGACGAGGCGGACAGGGACGGCGAUGGUGAGGUCUGCGAGGAAGAGUUUCUUCAGUUGAUGAAGAAGACUUCGCUGUAUUGA